AUGCCUGUUGCUGAGGACUGUAUCAACGAUUUGGCGGAGGCCAAAUGGGAACGUACCCCACAGAGAAGACCAGAGUCUACUGGCAGAGCCGCAACAAUUCUGAAGAUGAGAGUGCCCGGUUUAUCGCCAGACCGGAGAGUUAUUAAUAGCCGCCUGACCAGGUGUCCGAUCUCUGCCAUCGAUUCAGGCCCACCACGAGAUAUUCCAGUCAAGACGGUGUUGGGAAGCCGCCGCUGGCUCCCACCGACUCGGCGUCAGAGAUUCGAGAGGUUCACGGAGCUGUCGACGCAUUUCUCCUACGUCAACAGGGAGGAUAAUAUUGACAUGUUGAGCAUAUAUCACGCAGAGAAGCAACUGAUGCUAUGGCUCAACGGCCAGGGUCAGACAGACGAUUUGGACAUCAACGUCUGGGAUGUGGCCCUCGAAACAUGGAACCAUCUGUGUCACAUCCUGAGUCGGACCACCUAUACCAUCUACUGGCAGGGUGAGGAACUGUUCACGGGGAAUUUGGAGGCUGGCUGGUCCCUGGAGAUGAAUGGUUCGCUCGUGCUGGGCCAGGAACAAGAUAGCCUUGGCGGGGGCUUUGACGUUACGCAGGUGAUGAUUGGGGAAAUAGCUCAGGUUUCCAUUUGGGACCGCGCAUUCUGGCACACCGAAGUGGUGGAUAUGGCUGCCUGUCACACCCUGGGUCGAGGUAACAUCUUCAACUCUGACACAGAUGAACUAGAAGUAUAUGGAGUUACCUUCAAAUUCGUGGAUGUAGAGAGUUUUUGCAGGUCACCAAACCACUACUACAUGAUCCUGCCAGAGGAGCAGACUUUGUCAGAGUCCAAUGACCAAUGUCAAAUGUUGAAGGCACCUUUAGCAGUGCCAAAUGAUGCCACUGACAAUGACCACCUCACUGAGGAGCUCCUCCCUUAUGAGCAGCUCUGCUCUCCAGGCAAAGACUGGAAACAAUGGCUUGGCAUCAGUGACAUCUAG